GCCCGCAACUUGGUGGCGGCUGCUGCCCGCUGCCUAUUUUAGUCAAAACCUCCGCCCCGGGGGCUCGCGCGUGCUUCGCCUCGACUCCUUCAGCGAGAGAGGGCGCCCUCGGAGGAGCUGCUGCCGGAGGAGACCCACGGCGGGACGGAGGCGCCUCAGAAGCGAGCGGCAGGUCAUCAGCUAUUUUUAAGGACACUUGUUGUGAAGCAGCACAAAGCCAGGCAAAUUCAAGAUGAAUCCUACAGAAGCAAAUUCAAUCAUGGUGACCCCUUUGAGUUUCAACCCAGAUGUCAACAAUCCCAUCUCUAUGCCUUUGAAUGAAACUCUUUGUGAAAACUGGAGAGAGAUUCAUCAUCUCGUGUUUCAUUUGGCCAAUAUUUGUUUUGCUGUUGGAUUGGUUAUUCCAACCACUUUCCAUCUUCAUAUGAUUGUCCUACGAGCCAUGGUAAUAAUAGGAUGUGCACUAUUCAUCAUCUGGGCAACGCUAUUCCGUUGUGCUGUGGAUAUAAUGAUCUGGAAUACGACAUUCCUUGUUAUCAACCUUUUGCAUUUUAUAUACUUGCUAUAUAAGAGAAGACCGAUAAAGAUAGAUAAGGAGCUCAACAGUCUGUAUAAGAGAAUGUUUGAACCACUCCAUGUGCCUCCAGAGUUGUUCCAAAGACUGACAGGACAAUUCUGCAACAUUCAGACACUAAAAGCAGGUCAAGCGUAUGCUGCAGAGGACAAAACAUCAGUGGACGAUCGAUUAAGCAUCCUGUUAAAAGGAAAAAUGAAGGUCUCCUAUCGAGGGCAUUUUCUGCAUAAUAUUUACCCCUGUGCCUUUAUAGAUUCUCCUGAAUUUCGAUCAACUCAGAUGCAUCGAGGUGAGAAGUUCCAGGUCUCCAUUACUGCUGAUGAUAACUGCAAAUUUUUAUGCUGGUCCAGAGAGAGACUUACCUUUUUUCUGGAAUCUGAACCAUUCCUCUUUGAAAUAUUUAAGUACCUUAUUGGAAAAGAUAUUACAAACAAGUUAUACUCAUUAAAUGAUCCAACACUAAAUGAUAAGACAUCCCAGAAAAUAGAUCGACAGCCUAAUUUGUGCUCACAACUUUCUGUGAUGCAAAUGAGAAACAGCAUGGCUAGUUCAAGUGACAGUGAAGAUGGCUUGCAACAUUUUCUCCGUGGGACUUCCACUACCUCAACCCUUCGUCAGCCAUCUCCUUGUCUAAGAACAUCAGCAAAAAUGAAACCAAUUGAUGAAAGUGUGGAAGAUGAUGUCUUUGAUCCCCCAUCAGUCAAAUCAACUAAAGUUUAGCAGUGAUCUUGCCAAGCAGAAUUUCAGUGAACUACUACAAGCGUAGUCAAAACGCAUAAGGUUAAUUUUUUAUUUUUUAAAAAUACAUAUGUAUAUUUGGCCAGACACACAUAUGCCAGAAAAAAAAGACUGAGUGAACCCCCUUAACCAUAUUACCUGAAAAAUAAAUAAUGCUGGUUUUAGUGGGACUUGAAGCCCUAUUCUGGGGCUUUGUGUGAUUGGAGGAGUAGAAUGCCCCGUUUGAAGCAAUAGUGUAGGAAAGUCUGUGCUUGUAAUGGAACCAUCUGCACAGGAAUGGCUUCUCUUUUGAAGUGAAUGGGAAAGUCCUCACAGCUUUGGAUUCUUGGACUGGAGCAAAUGUGUCUGGAAAUGGGGUUUUAAACAAGGUGUCAAACUUUGGUUUGCAGUUUAUGUUCCAACAAAUCAAUUCAUUUGCGAAGCUGUGCCAUUAAAAACUGGUUUUUUAAAAAGCCAAUAAAUGCAGUACUGAUACACAGAUACGCUUAACACUUGAGCCUUCUUUUGACCUCACAUUUGUGAGACUUGGAAGCGCAGGAAUCGGCUUCUUGCUGCUGCACUUGCAGAGGUGCAGGAUCCUUCCCCUCCCUAGGCCACUUGUUGGGUCAGUAGGGGGAAAGCAGACAUCUGGGCUGAGGCCACUCCCAUCUUCAGCAGCCCUGCCUAAUAAUAUUAAGACUGAGCAUGGUCAAAGCUGAAAUAUGUAAUCAAUCUAUUGUGUUGUGUGUCACAAUCACACUGUAUGUCUAUUUGUAAGAGGGAUACAGGACUUGCUUCACACUCUCCUAGCUCCCAUUUUCUGCUGAUGUGCAGGUUUGGCACUUGGACAUCUUGGCUCCUGAAUGCUGCAAAUCCGGAAGUGAGUGUUCGGCUUUGCAAAUGUUCUUUGGAAUCCGAAUGUCCAACGGGGCUUCCGAUUGGCUGCAGGAGCUUCCUGCAGCCAAUCAGAAGCCGCGCUUCGGAAGUCAAAUGGACCCCUGGAACACAUUCCGUUUGACUUCCAAAGUAUGACUGUAUUCUUAAUCAUGGCACACUCUGUGAACUGGUACAAAUAAUAUUGCAAUCAUAAAUAUAACUUAAUUGUAACCACAUUUCCCCCCUUUCAGCCAUGUGUAAUGUAUAGUUCUAUAAUGUGAUGUCUAUUGUAACUGGACACAAGACCUUAAGUAUUCAAAAUACUAUUGCAACAAAAAUGAUUUGCGGUGUACUUUUGGGUAAAUGCACCAGUAUUUCAUGUGGUAGGGCAGAGUCACAGUGCUUGAAUUAGUCUCAAAUCAGUGGGCGUUUGCCAUUGACCUCAAUGGGAUGUUGGCCAGUGGUGGGAAAUCUGUUCCCCUGCAGAUCGUUGUUGAACAACAAUUCCCCAUUAUAUAGCACAUUCACCACACUAAGGCAAAUUGGUUCUCCAAUAUAAUAGCUGGAGGCCCACUAUCACUGCUGUAGGUUGUAUUUCAUUAUGUGCAUCAAUGUUUGAUAUGUACUUAUGUUACACUCCUUUUCUAAGAAUAGAAUACAUCCAAUGCUGCUUUUUUCAUUGGACUUUGCAUAAACGCUGAUGGAGAGAAUAACACAGUGCCUUUUUAUUUUGAUUCCAGCUGCAUCGGAUAUAUAUUUAUGGUAAUACAGAGAUUUCUUCAUCCCAAAUUAAACACUUCCAUAGAUUAAAACUGGAAAAUUUAAGGAUGUGCUUAACUACCAAUGAAAUAAUGGAAGUAUAUAAUUUUAGCUCAUCUUUGUGGUUUUUCUAAGUUGGCUGUUGCAAACAUUUGUUAAUUGCAAGUAUCAUAAUGAAAAGGCUACAAGAGUGGGAUGUCAUUAGCAGAAGCCUCUGGAAAGAGAACCUCAUUUAAAUGGCAAAGAAAUCAUACAUGGGAGGGGAAAUGUAGUUGUCAUGGUGGGCAAACCACAAAGAUGAGCUAAAGAGAGAGUCAUCCUCCCCCCCCCUCUUUGCUGGCAUGCUUUAAAAAAAAUCCAUAUCCAUUAGUCCCAGUAGGAAGGAAAAAACUAUACUAGCCCUGGGCAGGACUGGCAAACUUUCAUCUCUAUUUCAGAAUUGGAUUCGGAAAACAGCAGCAUUUUGCAUCCAGCAGAUCCUAAACUACCUCCACUCCUCCCUCACAACUUUUUUGUUUUUUGCCUUUAGCUAUUGGAACACAGGCAAUGAUUGAAUAACAGUGGCUACAGCCAUGAGGGAGAUCCACAAGAUUCCUUGGUCCCAGGGACCACCCACCCAUAAGAUUGCACCAUACAGAUAUUUACUAGACUUAACUGAAGAUUUUGAGGGCUAGGAAGUGCAGCAUUGAGAUCUCUUCUCCAGUUUUUCAAAUAACCCCAUGAUCUUUAGCAGCUCGCGUAAGCACCUGCCUUGUUCACACUGGUGCCUCCCUUUAUGUAAAGUAGCUAGAAUUGCACCUUUGCUGGAUUGAUCCUUCAGAGAAAUACUGCUUUCCAGUAUGUUUGUUAUUUAUGUUUUAAAAAAUGAAUGUGACUGGACUAGAUUAUAGACAAGUUUAUAAUUCACUGCUACAUUGAUGCUGCACAUAUGGCACAAUGUUACUAACUGGAAUAAAGCUUUUUGAAAACAAUCGUAUAUAA